UUGCAACUUACAUAUAUUAAUCAUAAUCAAUAACAUCUUUAUUCCAUAUUUUCAAAUUCUGUACAAAAUGGACACAGUAGAACCUGAUGCACAUUUAUUGGCUUUAAAAGUUAUGCGUUUGAUGCGACCGACAUUAGUUGAACUUGGGCCACUUGUAAGUUGUGAACACAAAGAUUUGGUUCAACGCUUUUCUUUUAAACCUCAUAGUGAUGUUCUUUCUGGGAUCAUUACUGAAACACUGUCGGCAGGUCAAGUGUUGUUGUUGCCACAGUCAUUUGGAAACAUAUAUCUUGGUGAAACAUUUUCUAGUUAUAUUUGUGUUCACAAUUGUUCUCCCCAAUCUGUUGAAUGUAUUAACGUUAAAACGGACCUGCAGUCAAACACUACACGUAUAAACUUAUCCUUGCAUGAAAAUAGUAAGUCUGCUAUAAUUUUGGCACCUGGAGACACUAUUGAUGAUGUUAUACGAUAUGAAGUAAAAGAGAUUGGAACACAUAUACUUGUUUGCGAGGUGAAUUAUAUGAGUCCAUCGGGAUACGCUCAAUCCUUAAGAAAAUUUUUUAAGUUUCAAGUCUUAAAACCACUUGACGUAAAAACGAAAUUUUAUAAUGCCGAAAUUGAAGAAAUAUACUUGGAGGCUCAAAUACAAAAUGUUACCACCAGUCCCUUCUGUCUCGAGAAAGUAGAAUUGGAUAGCUCUGAAGACUAUACAGUAACACCUUUAAAUACAUUGCCUAAUGGAGAGUCUGUUUUUAAUACAAAGAACAUGUUACAACCUAACAAUAGUUGUCAGUUUCUUUAUUGCAUAAAACCAAAAGUAGAGUCAGCUACAGACACACAUAUUCUUCGUCAGUUAAGCAAUGUAGGCAAACUUGAUAUCGUUUGGAGGUCAAAUCUCGGGGAAAAAGGCCGAUUGCAAACUAGUCAAUUGCAGCGUUUGCCCUAUGAGUGUAAGGAUCUACGAUUAGAAGUCCUUAAUGCUAUCAAUACAGUAAAAAUUGGAACAAUAUUUACCUUUAACUGUAGAGUAACAAAUACAUCCGAACAGACAAUGAAAUUGCAUGUUCGACUAGUUACUAAGCUAUCGCCGGAAUGUCAAUAUACGGGGUGUGCUGAUUUCAUUCUGGGUGAACUAAACACAGGAGAAAAUGCCGAGUUUUCCUUAUCGGUUUCCCCAACAAAGUUGGGUCUUAUUAAAAUUGCCCACUUAUUACUGAUUGACACUGAAAAAAAUGAACAUUACACAAUAGAAAAGGUAGUAGAAGUCUUUGUGGUAGAUGCGGACUACAGCAAAGAUCAUAAAACCUUUCAGAAUAGAUUAAUUCGUUAUGAAAAGCCAAAGGAUCUUAUAAUACAGUCUCCGGUUCAAUUACAGGUGGUAUAAGGUGUAGGCCAAAUAUACACUUUUCGUACAGUGCAUAUGGGCGGAAACCCGUUUUUUUGGCAGUAACCUUCCCGGUAAAGCUAGAAAGUUGAAACUUGGGAUAUGGGCUGUUCAUAUUAUUAGUGAGUUUCGAAUUAAUUUUCUGACCGAUUCAAACACGCUUUCUCCGCGUCCAAAAUUAAAAAUUUGCACUAAAUCAAAGUUUUUAAUUUUUUUAAAGUAAAAAUAGUUAUAUUUAUUUAUUAUUGUUACUUAACAAAUAAAAUGUAUCCACAGGAUAAUUUUAUGGCAAGAAUUUUCAUUACGUAGAAGAAAUACAAUUUUUAAUUAUUUUCAUGGGGUAAUGCUCGUUUUUCACAUAACUGAAAUAUCUUACAACAUGUUGUAAUGAACUUAAUCAUUCUAAAAAGCUUUUAAGUAUAGCUAUAAAUUGAAACAGAAUUUUUUGUAGGUGUAGCUUACCGUCUGGAAAAUAUUAUCAAAUGAUAAUGAUCAUGAUCAAAUAUCGACCCUGUCUGAAUAUAUUAAAUUAGUUCGCAAUUGCGCAAAUAUGCGCUUAAGUUGUUAACUCUGUUUAAAUAUACAUACAAUAACACACACUACAACAUAGACAAUAUGACCAACCCCUCGCAAUCUUACUACUUCUACUCCAACAAAGAUUACUAUUUUGAGGUUAGGUUAGAAAUAAAACAUCUGCCAAUAAAAGCAUUAAAAUAAGAACAAAACAACACAGCAUCUAACUAAAGCAUUCUAAACUACAUUCUUAAUACAUUGAUACAUUGUAAAAUGUUGUUUGGUUGCUUUAAGCAUAGUAACCAGCACAGCAAUUUCUUUAAACACUUCAUUCAAAUAAAAGUAAAUAUAUUUAUUUUACCCA